AUGUCAUCCAGAUCUGGCAGUGCAAAAGACUGUGAAACUAGUGACCAGACACCAAGUCGUUCAGCUUCCUCACCAGUCCCAGAAUCUAGUGACACUGAGGCUGAAGGAUUGAUAUUUUAUCAUAUGGAUCUUUAUGGAUCAAAGGAGAGGUUUGAUAUCUUUCCUGAAGAGCCAUCUUGUCAAGAAGAGAGAUCUCUGGGGGAUACGAGAAGGGAAUCUGCAGAAUCUGCAUCCAGUAGUGAAAAAUUUCAGCAUUCACAAGAAGCUGGAUAUGACUUGGAAAAGGAGGUUGCAGAGUUGGCUAAGAUGUAUGGACUUGAUGAGGAUAGAGAAAAAGAACUUGAGCUUCUUGGAAGACAUGUGGAGAGCAGAUGGCCACCUGCUCGCACAGAAAAAGCAGGAUCACAAGGCUCUGUAUAUACAGCAUCAAAAAGCAGCUCUCCGGUGAAAGAUCAAAGUCAAAGCACAAAGAAACAGGGACUUCCUAGUGAGGCUUCUCAAGAUGAAGAUCAGAGCAAAGCCAGAGCAGAAGAUGAGGCUGAGAGCCCCAUAUGGUCCAAAGAGGGGCUUAGCAGCGGCAGUGUGUCGGAUGAGUGGAACAGUCAGGCCGUCAGUGAGGAGGAGGAAGCGGCGGAUGUUUUUUGUUGUACCUGCAAGACACCAAUCCGAGCUUUCGACAAACUGUUUGGUGAGCACAAGGAUCAUGAGGUGGCUCAGCUCCCCAGUGCCGUGGAAAGUGAAAAGGAGGAGACUCAUAAAAACAUGUGCAAGUUGGAAGAGCAGAUUGCUCAGCUGGAAAACUUUGCCAGUCACUUGGAGGAAAUCUUCAUCACUGUAGAGGAAAACUUUGGGAGGCAGGAGCAGAACUUUGAGGUGCAUUACAACGAUGCCGUGCAAGUGCUUGCUCAGAAGUACGAAGAACAGCUGGAAGCACUGGGGGAAGAGAAGAGACAGAAGCUGGAAACUUUGUAUGGGCAGCUGGUCAGUUGUGGGGAACACCUGGACACCUGCAAGGAGCUGACAGACACAACCCAGGAGCUCUGCCGGGAAAAUGACAAAGCCAAUUUCAUGAAGGCAGCAGUAACCAUGGUUGACAGACUGGGAGAAUUCUUAAAGAAAGAAGUGAAUUUAGAGCUUUCAACACUGCCAGACUUUGAAGAGCGGCACAUAGAUUUCUCUGAAGUUGAACAGCUAAUGAACUCCAUUAAUACUAUUCCAGCUCCUUGUGCCCCUGUGAUCAGUCCCCAGGCUCCCAAUGCAGCGACGGGCACCUCACUGAGAGUCUGCUGGGGCCUCUUCUCAGAUGACACCGUCGAGUACUACCAGCUGUGCUAUAAACCAGUGAGCAAUGAGAGGCACAGUGAUGAACAAGCAGAGCAUACAUUGAAAGUCAAAGAAACAUACUGCACCAUUAGUAAUCUGUUGCCGAAUACACAAUAUGAAUUUUGGGCCAGUGCUUUAAAUGCCUCUGGUAUCAGUCCACCAAGUGAAAGAGAGGUUUAUGUAACAGCUCCUUCACCACCUAUCAUAAAGACUAAAAAGAUCCUAAGCUGUGAAAACGCAGCACUGGUGUGCUGGGAAUCUGGAGACAUUAACCCUGUUGAUUCCUACAUGGUUGAAUUGUCCAAGCUGACAGAUGAAGAAAAUGGAGAUACUGUUACUGAAUCUAUUGUCGGGAUUCCUAACUGUGAAGUCCUAAUUCACCUCCAGCCAAGACAAAGCUAUCACAUCUGUGUUAGAGCCCUAAACCUGGGUGGUUCCAGUGAAAGAAGUGAACCUGUCCUGAUACACACCACAGGCACCUACUUCUGCCUUAAUGAGGACACAGCCCACCCUUUACUGGCGAUUCUAGAUGAUGGAUUUACAAUUGCAUGUGAUCAACUGGAAAACCCAGAGUGUGAUCUGCCCGUUUACGAUAACAGCUUUACAAGGUGUAUAGGGAUCCUGGGCAGUCUGAUCCCAUUUCCAGGAAAGCAUUACUGGGAGGUGGAAGUUGAGGAAGAUACAGAGUACAGAAUCGGUGUGGCUUUUGAAAACACUCCAAGACAUGCUUAUCUGGGGGCAAACAACUCAUCCUGGUGCAUGAGGCAUAUCAUCACACCAUCAAGGCACAAGUAUGAAUUCCUGCACAGUGGGAUGACACCGGACAUCAGAAUUACUCUGCCCCCUCGAAGGAUUGGCAUCCUGCUGCACUACGAGAACUGCCGACUGUCAUUUUUCAAUGCAGAUAUUGCCCAGCACCUUUACACAUUCAACUCACACUUCCAGCAUUACGUCCACCCCUGCUUUGCUUUGGAAACACCUGGUAUCUUACGGAUACAUAGUGGAAUUGCAGUACCCCCGUGGGCUGCUCUCCCAUAA